CUUUUAUGAAUGGUUGUCUAUCUAGUCAACAGUAAAAAACCACCGUUGGAUCAUUAAUAAUCACAAAUGAUUUGAGAUAUAUUUAAUGCAUUGUCUUUUUUUUCUUCACUCUCCCACUACCUAAAAAGAAACUGCCUAAGACUAAGCUGAAGAAGAAGAAAGAAAGAAACAGAGAAGACAUAAAAAUGAGAGGAGACAAGGAAGAAGAGAAGGCGAAGCUUGCACUUGUGUUAGCUGCAAAGUCAAGAUCGUUGUUGUACACUUCAUCGCCUGCGAGUCCACGUGUGUUUGCUUCUCCGAUUCACACUCUUGCCUCUGUUCCGUUUUGUUGGGAAGACCAACCAGGCAAGCCCAAGCACCCUCUUCGUCCUCUUUCUUACCCCAAGUGUCUUGAUUUGCCACCUCGUUUGCUCCUUCCUGGUGAGUUCACGCAAAUGCCCUUGCCCGAGAGGAAACAUGGGCUCUUGAGGUUCUUGAGGAGGAAAGGGAGAGGGGAUGUUGUUGUGAGGGGUAAUUAUGUCUUUCUGUCGGAGAAUCAGAGAGCAGGAGAUAAUAUCAACGAGAACAACAUGAAGAUCAUGAAGUUUAACAGAUCAGGGAGUUACCAUGGUGGUGGUUCUGUUAAAGGAUCUCACUUUUGGGGAAGUUUAUGCAAGGGAUUGAAGCUAGCAAUGCCAUGGAAGAACAAGAAGAUGAGAAGUGGAAGUGUUUAAGCCUGUUUUCAAUAUGCAUUAUCUAUCUAUCUAUUGAGGGAUCAAGAUGAUGAAAAAGAGCUAUUAAGAGUGUAUGUAAGAUUAGCAAUUUUACUGUAAUUUAAUAUCUGUGUGAUAUGCAUAUAUAAUGUUGUUAAGACUCAUGAGCCAUGGCAAGAAAAGUUUCAAGCUUUUUUC